AUGCACCCAGCCCUACCAUAUUCUUGUAUAACUCCUCCGCUACUUUUCCUUUCUCAAUGUAUCGGUGGGAGGAGGGGAAGGAAAAGAAUAAUAUUGGGUAGUAAUGAGUUGUUUUGUAUGAAGGUUCAACAAUGGGUGCAGAAAUUCCAAUUUCUACACCCACUUGUCACGAAUCACGGUUUAGAUUAUGGUAGUAAUAAUAAUGAUCAGAAACAACGUAAAGAUCAAGUAGCCAACGUGGGAGUUCCAAUCUUAUCGGAAAAUUCAAUUAGGAAGGAGGUUAAAAUCAUCAUGAAGGUCACAUAUGCAUUAACAGCCUUGAGCUUGCUCGGCGUAGCUGUUGCUCUUCCCACUCUAAUCGCGAAACGAGAUGCUCAACCUGAGGAGGCUACCAAUUACAUUUAUGCUGUUGGAGUUGAGAGUGAGAAGAGGGAUGCACGACCUUCAGAGGAAGCUACCAACUACUUUUACGCUGUUGGAGCCGAAACUGAGAAGAGAGAUGCUAAGCCGGAGGAAGCCGCUAAUUAUUUCUACGUUGUUGGAGCCGAGACCGAAAAACGUGAUGCACAACCUGCAGAAGAAGCUACCAAUUUCUUCUAUGCAGUUGGAACUGAGAGCGAGAAGCGGGAUACUCAACCAGAGGAGGCCACCAAUUAUUUCUAUGUUGUUGGAACCGAGAUUGAAAAGAGGAGUGCUAAGCCUGAAGAAGCUACAAAAUACUUUUACACUGUUGGAACCGAGACCGGAAAACGGGAUGCUCAACCAGAGGUGGCUCUAGAUCUCGAGUACACUGUGGGCGCGGAGACAGAAACAGCCAACAAUGACUCCUAUAUUGUAGGCCCAGAGAAGCGGGAUGCUUAG